UCAGAGCAAUAUUUGUGUAUGUUUGCAAAUGACAAAUGUGAAUUGCAUAAAACAGCAUAGCAGACUUAGUUUUGCGUAUGAGUUCGCCACAAAACUUAAAUAAAAUAUGUGUUCUUAUUUGCAAAAUUAACUGUUGCUGUUGCAAAAUUAACUGUUGCUGUUGUCAAAAUUCCCCUUAAGAAAAGGAAGUUAUUUCCAACAAAACGUCAUCGCAUAGUGACGCAUGUAUAUCCGCUAUCUGCAGUUUAGGCUGUGGUGUGUAUUAGUUAUGGCUUGUAGUUUAUAAUAAGCAAAACUUUUUCGUUGGUGCAGCAUGGCGCAUGAGGUGUUAGUCAGUUUGCUAACGGCUGGCCUAAAAGCAACACGUAUUGCGCAAGCUUGUCGUGAACGUAAACAGUUGUUUGAAAUCUUGGUUCAAGAAAAAGGAAAGUUAAGAAAUAAUGUCGCCGACUUUAAAACUCUUGCGGAUGUUUUUAUACAACAAGUUGCAAAAACAGAGCUGGAAAAAAAGAUUCCUUCACUUGGAGAGCGAGUAUUUGGUGAAGAAAACAAUGAAUUCACGAACACACUGGGCGAGUCGAUAGUUGUUGAGGUUAAACCAACCAUGGAGGAAACUUGUAAUUUAUUGGCGAAGGUUUUGGACGGGAACCAUGUUGCUGCUAGGUUGUUAGCAGUGGAAGCACAUUCUAAUGUUGAAGAUCAAAUUGAAAAGAUUGACAAAGAAACAGCUGAGAAACUUUCCAUGUGUGAAGUUGAUAUUGACAAUAUUGCUGUUUGGAUUGACCCCAUUGAUGGGACGGCACAAUACGUAGGAGGUAUAUACAAGGAAGCAAAGGACAAACACGGAGUGCAUGGUAGAGGUCUACAGUGUGUCACUGUGUUAAUAGGGAUGUACAAUAUACAAACUGGGUUGCCAAUAAUGGGGGUGGUGUGUCAACCUUUUUAUGAAAACGUGGAAGGAAGUUGGAAAUCGCGUUGUUUCUGGGGUGUAUGUUGUAACGAUGUUCGUGUUAGUAAUGUCAAGUCACUGCAUGAGAAAAACGUUUUAAACCGUAGUGGUGAUUUGAACUGUACGGUGAUUACCAGCCCCCAUGAUAAGCAAGCAUACAGGGUUGUUGCUUCAUGUGAUGGUGUUGAACAUUGUACUGGUGGUGGGGCAGGCUACAAGUGUUUAUGUGUUAUUGAGGGAUUGGUGGAUGGGUACUUGUACACUGGGGAUGCGUGUUAUAAAUGGGACACGUGCGCAACACAUGCGAUAUUGUCGUCAUUGGGUGGUUCUAUUGUCAACCUUACACAAGCACAAGUAACAGCAGCCGCGUGCAGAGAUACUACAGAGACAAAGUUCAACCCACAGGAAACCCUUAAACACCUUCAGUUACUUUAUAACACCCCAAACCCCCAUCCUAGCUCCCCGUGGGCAAAUAUUGGUGGCAUAUUGGCUUUUGGUCCAAGCAAUAAGUCAUCAUGUUGUGUUAAACAUGUUCUAAUGGCAAUGGAACAAUCUUGAAUAAAUGUAACUUAUUUA